AUGGGAGGCUUAACAUACGGCGGCUAUGGCGCCACUUCAGCCGCGACCAUCAUCGGUCUAUACAUGCUCUUCCAGGGCGAAGGAGAAGCCUUCAACGUCGGCGCGUUCCUCGAAUCAAUAUCCCCCUACGCAUGGGCAACGACUGGAAUUGGACUUUGCAUUGGACUUUCGGUCGUGGGAGCAGCAUGGGGAAUUUUCAUCACCGGCACAUCGAUCCUCGGAGGUGGUGUGAAAGCACCUCGAAUUCGAACGAAGAACUUGAUCUCCAUCAUCUUCUGCGAGGUUGUCGCCAUCUACGGCGUCAUCAUGAGCAUUGUCUUCUCGGCCAAGUUGACUGGUGUGGGAUCAGAAGCGGUACACUCGGCGGGCAACUACUUCACGGGAUAUGCGCUGUUCUGGUCGGGGCUGUUGGUCGGAGGAUGCAAUCUGAUUUGCGGUGUUAGUGUGGGCAUCAACGGUUCCAGUGCUGCAUUGGCGGAUGCGGCGGACCCGAGCUUGUUCGUGAAGGUUCUCGUCAUUGAGAUUUUCUCGUCCGUGCUUGGACUCUUUGGCCUGAUCAUCGGGCUUUUGCUUAGUGGCAAUGCGAACGACUUCGAGUGA